UGUGUCAAGCUCAGCUCUUCCCAUUCUCUUUCCCAUUGUGUUGCUUUGGCGUUGAAGUGACCCUGUGGAGGUGCGGAACAAGGUCACGCGCUCCGCCGAAUGGACCAUGCUUAGACCGAAAUGAAGCCAUUAGCAGCCCAGCCCAAUCUGUGUUCUGCUUCGAUAUAGUGAACGUGCAACUGGCUGGAAGUGAAAGCACUGACUCGGACUGGGAAGCAGGUCACAGACAUCCAAAUAUGCGCGUUGGUGUGCGCUGGCGAGUCGUCCCUUUACUUCAUUCAGUGGUCGCGUUGUCGUGAUGUUCAACACUUCAGGCACUGAGCUCCCUUUGAACAAGAAAGAGGCUAUUUCUGAAGUUAUCAAUGGCACUUUGCAGCAUCUUUACAACGUCCUGGAGAACAUCGGUCCCGCAACCAUGCGGAAUGAGUCGUGCGGGGAGCAGCUGCUGGUUUUCCGGCGCCCGGAGAAGAUCAUCAUCGGGGUGAUGCUGGCCAUCAUCACAGCGGUCACCGUGAUGGGAAACACGCUGGUCGUGAUCGCGGUGUGCGUGGUGAAGAAAUUAAGGCAGCCCUCAAACUACCUCUUGGUUUCUUUAGCUGUGGCCGACCUGUCCGUGGCCAUCGUGGUGAUGCCGUUUGUGAUAGUGACCGACCUCACCGGCGGCAAGUGGCUUUUUGGCGAGGUCUUUUGCAACAUAUUCAUCGGCAUGGAUGUAAUGUGCUGCACUGCCUCCAUCAUGACCCUGUGCGUGAUCAGCGUGGACAGGUAUCUUGGGAUCACACGGCCCCUAACCUACCCUGCCCGACAGAAUGGUCAGCUGAUGGCAAAGAUGAUCUUGGGUGUGUGGUUGGUGUCAGCAUCCAUCACUUUGCCCCCCUUCUGCGGCUGGGCCAAAAACGUCCACACAGCCGGCGUGUGCCUCAUCAGCCAAGACUUUGGCUACACCAUCUAUUCCACAGCUGUAGCCUUCUACAUCCCUAUGCUGGUAAUGCUGUUUAUGUAUUACAAAAUAUUCCGGGCAGCCCGCAAGAGUGGUGCCAAACACCGCUUCACUGACCUUUCCCGCCGCGAGCGCCUCGAAACAGUGGCUAAAGAGGCGCUACGAAUGCAGGGCCUAAAGCCCCCUGGUGUGGCAGAGGAGUGCGCUGCCCUGUCCCGACUGCUGAACCGUGAACGGAGAAACAUCUCCAUUUUCAAACGAGAGCAGAAAGCGGCCACAACACUGGGGGUUAUUGUGGGGGUCUUCACUGUGUGCUGGCUGCCAUUCUUUAUCCUGUCCACUGCAAGGCCCUUUAUCUGUGGGGUAGUGUGCAGCUGUGUGCCCAUCUGGCUGGAGCGCACGCUGCUCUGGUUAGGUUACGCCAACUCCCUAAUGAACCCCUUCAUCUAUGCCUUCUUCAAUCGAGACCUGCGCUCCACAUAUCGUGACCUUCUUCGCUGCAGGUAUCGGAACAUCAACCGCCGUCUGUCGGCGGUGGGCGUGCACGAAGCCCUCAAGGUUUAAAGACGUUUUACAGCUGACAUUGACUCACAGACUGAGACGUGUUGGCCCUGCGCUGGUACUCUCAUACCUCGUGGAUUGUGGCGUGUAUGCAGCAGGCCUGUAGAUUAAACACAUUCUGACAGAAUGUGAGUCACUGUUGGUAGCUCUCUGGUCCCACUGCAAAGGCAGAUCGACAGCGUUAUCAUUUCUGUCUGUGUGUGCGUGUGUGUUUGUAAGAGCGAGUGAGACUCAGUUAUGCUAUUUUUGGAAAGAAAAUCAUAGACUGGAUUUUGUGAAAUAUUCAAGUCCACACUGCUUUUGUGCAUUUGUUGUUGUGGGGCACAAGUUGGGUUACACAAUCAAUCAUCUUGUGGAUUUCAAAGAUAAUUGAGGCUAAUCAAUUUCUGUAUAAUACAAAAAUCAUGUUCAACAAGGAACCUUGGUCGAGCACAAGGCAUAGUAAGUUCUUCUGUUGAACAAAUCCUGUAUAUUUUACUGUGCACUUAAGUAUCACCUGCAUCAAGUCAUAGUUUCAAAGUGGUUGUAUCACUGAAUUAAUGAAAGAACAUGAUAAAUGUUUCACAUUUGUUGAAACUGUGGUGAUGAAGGAUGAAAUAGAUUUUACCUGUGAAAAUGUCUUUGGUCUGUUGGGUGCGUGCCUGAAAGAUUUGUCCCACAUGCUACUUUUAGAUUUUAAAUGCCCAAAUGUCACCAUAAGUGUUCCAUGUUUCACACUGUCACACACUUGAAUUCUGUCUGUCUUGAGUUUGUUCACUGCUGUUAUUUUUCACACCACAGUUGUCUUGUUGACCUUGAUAAAACAGAAAGUAAACUUUUCGCUGUAAGAGAUAAUAUGAUCCAGAGACUGCUCCACUGGUAGUCAAGUGUCUCUGGCUUUUGUGUGAGAUGAACAGUCACCGGACAACACUCCCAUUUCAAGUCUUUGGUGACUUAUACAAACUUGUGUCACAUACCAUCAGUCAACCAGUCUGUGCUGAUUCUACCUUGACUUUUGAGGUACUUUUCUGUACAUUACCUCCAGGCUGAUGUGACUCAAUAUUCUUCUUUUUGUAAUCAACAGCUGUUUUUCAGUCAUGUCAAGUGGAUCUCCAACUGCUCUGUAAUUGCCCUCGUUCAAUGCUUUGACAUCAGCUAAUGUGGCAUAGCAUCUGUUAACUCUGUAAAUAAAGAAAUCCCUGGUCAUAAUGUCA